GCAGGGCACAAAGAGACAAAGCAUUCACCCUUACAUUCACACCUCUGGACAAUUUUGAGUGUUGAAUUUAUACAAAUAGUUGCAUGUUGAGAAGACACAGCAAUGUGUGUGUGUAGAACACGAUUUGACAUGUACAGUACAUAAGACAGACCACUGCUAUCUCUGUACUAUUGUGAUAUGUCUUUAAAUAUGCAUUUGUUUGCUAACGUGUUAGACUACUAUGCCUGCUAAAUCCAUAACGAGGCUCCUGUGGUGGUUUGUUUUUGUUAAAAAAUUUAACUACUGAAUGCAUUCAUUUAUGUAACAUUGAUUCAUGCGUACAUGCUAGAUGAAUGGUGUAGCUUGUUUUCUGAUCCUCUCUGUUUUAAGUGCUUUGCCACCGUCUUAUGGCAGUCCGUACUCUUCUGAAACAUGCAUUUUAGGUUGAUUGAAGACCGUCAAUUGUUCUUAGGUGUUAAUGUGAGUUAGAAUGCCUGUUGUCUAUAUACGCCCUGCGAUUAACUGGCCAGGGAGUAUCCUGCCUUGUGCCAAAAGUCAACAGGGAUAGGCUCCAGCUCGCCAGAAAAUGGAUGGAUUUUCUUUUUGAUGAAAUUGUACCGCACAUGAAACUGUCACUGAACGUGAAGUGACUCAGUAGAUUGGCUCGAAUAGAGUGAAGUAGUGUGCCUCGUCCAAGUGAUAGGUGUCAGCAGAGUGCCUUGUUAAUAUUUGCUGCUAAUGUGUUGACACUGCAAUCCUACAUUUGAAUCUCUUCACACUGACCUGCUGUCUGUUCCGCACACUAAUCUGUCCCAUAACUCCAGCCACCAUCGUCGUCAUCGAGGUGGUGUGCACAACCAGCAGGCCGAUUGUGUUUCUCUCAGUCGUCCACAGACCGGCUAAUGUGUGCCCGGACUGUGGGGGGCUCGGGUUGCUUGGAGUCAACGCCAUUCAGCACAGGUAAUGUAAUGUAAUAGUAGUGUGCAUUUAAUCCCUGUUUAUCAAUGGGGCCAUGUUCCAGACCCACCUGCAAUAGAUCCAUGAUAUAGAAAGGCCAUGUAAUUAAGAUUUUUCAAAUAGUAGUACCCCUCCCGCAUGCUUGAAACACAUUGGGUACAUUAGUGCAGAUUAUACCUCGAGGGAUAGCAAUUGCCCCGUGUGUUGCAUUCAGAACCACAAAGCCUGCAUUGAUCAUGUGGAUUCAGGUCUUCACGUGCCAUGCGGGACCCAUGCGUAGUUUUCCAGAAACUGGACCCGGGUGCUGAUGAAUAAAAUAUCCUCGCCGAGGGCGACUGGCGGAUCUGUUCCCUGCUGAUAGAUCAGCUGUAUAGGCGGCGACUCAAAGUAGUCACAGCCAAGAUCUGCACUGAGAUUGCACACGUUGCCGAGAGAAAGACACCAUGUUAAACGCCAGGCAGCAACGUGAACUCCUCUUGCACGACCCGCAUCGACAACCCCCGGCGCUCUUCGGGAAGCCCUGGUUCUGGCAGCGCAGUAGCGGAGUCAUGGAGGGCACCCGCAGCCUGGCUCGGGUCAUUAUGGAGAUGCAGGAGGAAAUCAGGAAGCUGGAGGCCCAGAACCCAGUGUUGCCGAAGGAGGAGGGGGACCGAGAGCAGGAGCAGACACUGGAAGCGUUUUUAGAGGAAGAGCAGGAAAACCCAAUCAGGAGGAAUGCAUCUGCGCCCAUUCUAAAGAGACAGUUUCAAGAAUAUAAAGACAACGUCAUCAUGACGGUACGAAGGUACUCCAUGAACUCCAGCCCGCCUGACGUGACACAGAGCGAGGGGACAGCAGACCUCGGGGGGCAACUGAGCCACUCCGGAUGGGGGCUUCUGCAGGAGGAGGUCCGCGGUGGGAACGGCAACCUUGAUCACUCUGUCACCAGUGACGUGGGGUCAGCGAGGAACAAGACGUCCCUGCAGGAAUACGUGCACAAGACCAGAGCCAAGGCGAAAACGGUCACGUUCCUUCUACCAGUGGACGACAUCUACAACAACAAACCAGUCCUCCCCGAGCUGGCCCCCGUAACUGACACCGGGUCGCAUAGACUUUGAGGUCACCUGACCGAUUGCAGAAACUCCAAAUGGGGCCACGCUCAUUUCUUCUAGGUCACCUUAGGUUUCUUUUGGUGUCCCGAUUCAAUCGCAGCUGAGCAACACAAAUAAACGAGCGUCCGGUUACACACUGAUGAUGAGACAUCUGCAGUCAAGGAUUUCUGUAGCACUCAUCUGCAGGUGACCACCCUUUUUUUUUUUUUUUUUAAAUUAGAGGCACUUUAGGUCAAUGACCAAUUUAUUAUUCAUUCACUCUUUUCUCUUGAAGGGAAAUAAGACAGCACACGUGUGACCUAUUUCUUUGUGGAUACUGAGACCAUUGGACACAACAUUGGGGAAACGUGUACUUAAUGAAGUGUCCGGUAUUUCAAAACUUAAAUGUCACAUUUACUAGUCACUUAUGUAAUUAAACAAUUUUAAAAAAAAAUCAUACAAGAUGUUAUCUGGUUACUUGGUUUUCCUCAUUAGGUGUUUUAUAAUAAACAAGAGCAACUGCAUCAGAUUAAUGCAGUCCACAGUAUUACAGGUGUCUUAAAUUAGAACAUUGAAAAAAAUAAACUAAAAUUACAGUUCAAAUAAAAAGGAAUAACAGAUUACAAAGGGUGAUCUUUUUUUUGUUGUAAUUUUUGAUUAUAGCCAACACCUUUUUACAGUUACAUAAAUAUUUGGGUCAAUCAGCCUGAAAAGUUCUUUCCAAAGCAUUUAAUGAAUCUGUAUGAGUUUAAC